GGUUGGUUGCUGCUGCAGACCACUGUUUCUGUUUCUUAUUUUAAUUCUGUCUGGGGUGGCGUUCACGAACCGAAUCGUCGUGGGCUCUGUACAACUAGGGAAGGGGACGGGAAGGAAGGGGAAAGGCAGGCAGGAACGAGGUGCAGCGGGGGUUUAUUUAAUUCUUUCUCGUUGCGGGCAGUUGCGGACGAGGCCGGCGGGCGGGUGUUUUUUUUUCGUCAAUCAGCUUUCCGAUCACGCCACGUUCGGCUCCGAGACGACGGAUCUCGGAUGUUUGGAUAUUUCUCUUUUGCUUUUUUACUGGCAUGGGCUGGGCACGGGAAGAAAGAUUUUGGGUCGAUGACGUUUCCUGAUUUUGUGUCUUGUUGUCUCUUUUCCUCUUUUGCGCGGCCCGUGCUUGUUUGGCGGGUAUAUUUUAGAGUGGACCGACGUUACGGGACAGUGCAGGAUUUCGCGUCUCAUGUCACCAUGUUUUCGGCUCACUGCUUAGCCGCUCUACUUGCCUACCUACUACCUACCGUAUUGAUGCUGGGGUUUUUCCUGCCUGCGCGAAGCACCGCGCGCGACAUGUCAUGUUUCGAGCCUCCAUCCCACACAGUGUCCCCGUCUGGCGGCGAUCAGUAGUGCGCGCACGUCAACGAUACAACUAGAAGACAAAGUGCUGGUGAAAUA